AUGCAUGAGCUGCCCAAAGAUCUAACCAACAGUCUCCGCUCGUGGCGGGGCAGCGCCUACGGCGAACCGGACAAUCUUCGCGAUUCACCAAGUGUGCUGGAGAAAGGACCGGAAUACUAUGGAGACAAGGAGUUCGAGCGGGCAUUGUCGCCCAGUGAUCGCUCGAUAAUACUGCAUCCCACAGCUUCUCGUCAAGCAUUGAACCAGGUAGCGCAGCAGCAGCAGCAACCGCCGUCACCGCCUCAAUCACAUGAACAGCAACAAUUAGCGAACCAACAAGCCUUGCAGCACCAUGAAGCGCUGGACCAGCUACAUGAUCUCCCACCGCCCCGAAAGCCGUCGGUGCAGACGAGGCUCCCUCCAAAGAAGCAGGCUACGAUGCAGACGCCUGCAUCCGCAGCGAAACAGAGUAUAUUCGACCAGGCCAAAGUUGAGGACCCUGACUCCGCCGCCAAUCGCCUUGACGAUGACCUGACCCCAUUAGCUCCCGAGGACUUUUACGAGCUCAUGGGCAUGCGCGCACCGCCUGACAAGCAAACGAAUCCGAAGAACCUCGCCCUGCGAAACGGCCUCUACAGCAGGAUUCAAAAGGCGCAUCAUUACAUUCAGACCAAAUACCGCCUCUUUGAUGUCUUUACCUACAUCUUUCUCCUCUUACAGCUCAUCUUGAGCGCUGUAUUCAUCAUUCUCGGCAGCCUGACGAGGGUCAACACGAACAUUGCCAUUGUCGUGCUGGGAGCUGUCAGCACAAUAAUCGCUGGGGCUUUGACGAUUAUGAAAGGUCAGGGACUGCCGAAUCGGCUCAGACACACUCGUGAUGGGCUGAAUAACGUCAUCUUUGAGGCGGAGGAGUUGUAUUGGGAUGUUGGCGCAAGUAAGCCGGUUCUGUACAAAGAUGUGAAGAAACUCCGCACGGACUUCUUGAGGGUGAUGGAAGAGGCGAGGAAGAACCAUCCCGAUACCUGGAACUCGAUCAGUCAAGGCGUGGCAACUGGGUUGAAGCCACCUAGUAGGGCGACGAACACCAGCGUGCCGGCUGCGGCCACACCACACCCAUAA